AUGCCUAGCUUCAAUGACUUCCAUGUCUUUUGCGAGCGAUAUCUUUCCACGAUCAUUCUACACACUUUUAUCGGUCUCAACGCCCUACUGUACUACGUUUUCCGCGAAGACUGUGUUCCGAAUAACAUGCUCAGUGCCAAUAUCAAUGUUUUCGUCAUGCUUGCCCUAGACUGGCAUCGAAAGCGAGCCUCUAGCAAGCGCACUCCUAUCAAUGUGUGUCAGGCUAUGCUCAUCACAGUACUCCUCACGCUGGCAUGUCUGGGCCUUCUAGAUUGUCUCAUCCAAUCCCUGCGACUUGCAGGCGUGAUCAGGGGCAUUUCGGACCAGGACAGUUGUCGACGUAUGACUAGCACCUUCGAUAAUGUCAAGUGGUCAUUCUAUGCAACUGGCCAGCACUGCGAUAUGACGGUGCAGGAAGCUACUAUUCAAGGUGCUAUCGCAGAGUACAUUCGGAAUGCGGAGAAUGGGACAAUCUGCGGCACCCAGUGCUUGCGUCUGGAUCAUGGCGGCACCUGGAACGGGUGGUUGAAGCUGGGCUCAGUCAGCAGUUUUAACGAGAAUGCCUACUGUGGUCUCGGCCUGCCGUUUGAUAAAUGUAUCUCUGGUGGAAACAACGAUAUGUAA